GGGCUCCACAGUGCCCCCGCCCGGAUCCGUCCGGGCGGGGUUAGGACGUAGGCCGCGUCCGCCAUGGAUGACACGGUGGGUGAGUAUCGAGCAUCACACUCUGCCAGAGCAUCAAAUAACUCAAGCAUCAGAUUACGGGGCGCAUGUGUAUCAAGCAUCACACUCCACCGGAGUAUCAAAUAAGCGUAAAAGGGGUACUUUCCGCGUUCAUAGGUCUUUCGGUGGGUGGCGACGGGAAGAGAAGGAGAGAGGAACGUACCGGCGACUGAGAAGCGCCGAGACAGAGUUCCGGCGAGCUUCGCAGAUACGGGGAGUUUCGAGAUUUUCAGCGACGGGGAUCAAGGCAGGGAGAGAGAUAAACACGUCGGAGCAGUGUAUAAUCUGCAGGAAAUGGAUGAGGAUGCGAAUCAGCUGCCAGCUGUCGCUGAAAAUCCAAGGGUUGCUACUGAUCAAAACAUAAGUGGAAAAGUAACAAAGCAACGGAGAGGAAUUCUUUCUCGCAUCUGGAAUGGGAUCUUCAGAGCACGCGAUGAGGAUUUCGAGAAAAAAUUGCAACAUCUUUCCAAGGAAGAAGCUUCUAUUCAUGCAAGGAUGAAGAAAAGGGCUCAAAGAUGGCGAAAGACAGCAAGGAAUCUUAUAGUUUUCUCUGUGAUUCUUGAGGUUGCUGCGGUGGCUUAUGCAAUUAUGAUCACAAGAUCAUUCAAUUUGAACUGGAAAAUGAGGGCAGUGCGAGUUUUUCCUAUGUUUGCCUUGCCUGCUCUGUCGUCUUUACUCUAUUCAACACUUGUUAGCUUAACAAGGAUGUGUGAUCGCAAGGACCAGAAAACACUUGAAAGGUUGCGUGCUGAAAGGCUGGCAAAAAUCAACGAGCUUAAAGAGCGAACAAACUAUUACAUAACACAGCAGCUUAUUCAGAGAUAUGAUCCCGAUCCUGCUGCAAAGGCAGCUGCUGCAAGUGUUCUGGCAUCGAAGUUGGGUGCAGACUCAGGCUUGAAAGUAUAUUUAGGAGAUGAAUCUAAUCUCAACGCGCCGAUGGGGAGAAGCAGUGAUGUCGAGUUGGUGCAAUCCAGAGGGCUUCGGAAUAGGAAACAACCUCUUUCCAAAGCUAGCAGCACGACAAGUAAUGAAAUGCAGCAAUUAGUCGAGGAAAUGUCCCAUGAUUACGACAGCCCAGAUUCUCCCUCACAGAAUCAGGCAGCUUUUGUAGAACAUCAUCCAAGAUCAGCUUCCAAUGACGGGGGAUGGAUUGCUCGCAUUGCGGCCCUGCUUGUGGGCGAGGAUCCAACUCAGUGCUAUGCACUUAUAUGUGGUAACUGCCACAUGCACAACGGACUGGUCCGGAAAGAAGACUUCCCAUACAUAACAUACUACUGCCCGCACUGCCAUGCACUGAAUGGGUCACGGCAACCAGAAGAGCAAACUUCAGGUAUGAUUUCUGACAAGCCAAGCUCUCCAGCUUCAGUCACCGGCGAUGCAAACAGCAAUGCCGGCAGCUCUGAGACUCCACGUGAUGCAGCAGCUGUUACGGAAACUUCUGCAAAGACCGACGACUUGAAGGAGUUGAGUGCGCUGGCUAGCUGAGGAUUUUGUUUGUGAAAUUGCCUAUAGAGUGUUGCUUUUUCUUUUAUACAUAUUUAAUGUGCAUCAAAUCUUGCUGUGUGAAGCACUUGUGUUGAGAAUAGAGAACAAUGACUCGUUCUGGUUGUGUAACGGGACCAUAUACAUAUUGGAAUGUAACGUGGUGCAUUCGUAUCC